AUGCUCCCCGAGACCAACGGCAGUCCGUAUGCUGGGGGUGACGUACCAAAGCUCCGAACAGCAUGCGAGAAUUGUAGGCAGUCCAAAGUCAAAUGCAACCUGUCCGGCAAAAACGUUUGCACCCGGUGUCUACGCCAUGGCCUACAGUGCCAGUAUGGCUUCGCUAACCGGUCCGGUAAACCGAAAGGCAGCAAAAAUCGAGCCACGCUCCGGAAGCUGGGCCAGCUCCAAGAAGACAAGCCACCGAUGCGUGGGUUCCGAGGCAGUCGACUUGUGCCUCCCAUUCCCAGGCCUGACCGAGACCCAAUGUCAUCUGUGGGCUAUUCGGCCCAUGUUUCUGAUCCGAUGUUAGAUGACGAGGUUUACCUUAUCUCAACCCCCCCGGGUAUUUGGGAGAGCCCACGGAGUUUCGGUAGCGGUGGGACAUUGGAAAAUUCUAUAUGCCCAUCGCAGUUGACAGCAGUGGAUGGCUCGCCUUUUACCGAUCUUGUGGAUUCUUGCCCUCCCCUGCCCAUCGGUUUGGGCUACCCGCACACACCACGAACACCGACCUUUUUGUCCUCGGAUGAUUUGACAGACGGAAUGGCAAUUCCCCCAUUCGGCGGGUCGAUGUCGUCUCCCUUCCAAAGUGCGCCUUGUGAGUGUAUUGAUUUGCAGCUGUUCCACAUGGACAGGUUGAAUCAUCUACUUGCCGACACGAUGCCUCUCCGAUUCGAUCACAGCCUCCAGACGAUUAAGACUACAUUUUGCGCAUGCCAAGUAUUUCUACAAUGUGGUAAAUGUGCGAAGGACAAUGCGAAUUUACUCAUGGUCAUUUCGGUUCUUAACUUGACUGUGCAACUAUUUGAAUAUUGGAUAUCACGCGAGACCUCGCAGGUCCCGCGGGCGGAGUUUGGAGUUGAUAUUCGGUACGGAUACUAUGAGGUCUGCCAGGACGAAAACCGACGAAUUCGAACCUUUUCACUUCGGGGUUUGCUUUUACAAUGCCGAGAGACGUUAUCCAUGCUGACGGCGGCAAUCAACACUGCUUGCCUUGAUGGGCCAAAGCUCGUCGAUAACGACCUUGCGGUCGAUUCCAAGCUGCUUAUUGGGGACCCGCAAAGCAUGGCUUGGCCAUCUACGAGCUCGUGUAUGCCAGUUAUAGAUUCGGAUCUUUUAAAUAACGGCGGUGGGAACAUCUGUCUUCUCCCCAUAAUCGCCGGCUAUGAAGCUAAGGUGGAAUCUUUCUUACAAUCGAUCUCGUCAAACGAAUGUAUCUGUGGAGCCAAGGGCACGAUGCGAGAUGAUUACAUGUAG